AUGCCGUCCCGGUCCUCCACCGCAUUGACUCACCCUCCGCCCUCCUCACCCACCCCGACGGUCGCCUCGGCGACGGCCGUCGCCAACUCCUCCAACUCCCUCCUCUGGCUCUCCGACAACCCUCGCCUCGCCUCCUCCGUCUGCCUCCUUGACUCCGGCAACCUCCUCCUCCUCUCCCCUGGCGGGUUCUGCAUGGAGAUCACGUUCACGUUCUCCACCGUCGUCAUAGAUGCUGCGACCACCCUGAAGACUAUUUUUUCCAUCGACGGUCUUGCCACCGGCAUCUUCGAUCUCAUCGGUGGCGUUACCGUCCCCGUCCCCGUCUGGCAGAGCUUCGACCAUCCCGCACCUGGGCGCUACCCUUCGAGCUUGGCUUCUUCUACUCCAAUGCCAGCGUCGCUUGUUUCCUCGCCAUCUGGUAUGCCUCCCUCCCCAUUCGCAGCGUCGUCUGGGUCGCCAAUCACGCCGCCCCGGUCCCCUGCUGCAUUGACUCGCCCUCCACCCUCCUCACCCAUCGCGACAGCCGCCUUGCCAUUGCCGACUCCUCCAGCUCCCUCCUCUGGCUCUCCGACAACCCCCGACUUCAUCAACCUCAGCACCCACCUCAUCGACAUCGACUCCAUCGCGUGCGCAUCCAUAUUUUUUCGCUGCAUUUUUUUGCUGUUUUUCCAUCCUUAG